UCCCCACCAUGCCCUUCUUUUUCUCUAAUUUCUUCGAAAUUUAGUCCGAAUUUGUGAAUUAUCGCAAGAAAUGUCGUCGUCGUCUUCGAUUUUUCUGGAAUCUGGAGGCGGAUUGACUCAUGCCUACAGCAGGAAGCAGAAAUCUCUGGGGCUCUUGUGCUCCAAUUUCGUGAGCCUUUACAAUAGGGAUGACGUCGAAUCGAUAAGUCUCGAUGACGCUGCGAAGAAAUUGGGGGUCGAGAGACGGCGGAUCUACGAUAUUGUCAAUGUCUUGGAAAGUGUUGGGGUCUUAGCUAGGAAAGCAAAGAAUAGAUACUCUUGGAUAGGGUUUUCUGGGAUCCCUAAGGCCUUGGAGCUACUCAAGGAAGAGGCCUUGAGGGAGAAUUCUGGGUCUGCCACUGAACCCAAGUCCUUAAACGUUGAGGAUGUAGAGGAUGAUGAAGAUGACAAAUCUUUAGAUCAGAGCGGAGAUUCAAAUUCGUUAAAGGGAAAGCCUGCUCCAGAGAAUAGGAGGGAAAAAUCACUUGGUAUGCUCACCGAGAAUUUUGUCAAGCUGUUUCUCACCUCAGAAGUGGAUACAAUCUCACUCGAUGAAGCAGCAAAAAUACUGCUUGGGGAAGUCCAUGACCCAUCUCAACCGAAAAGUAAUAAUGCUGCCAAAGUACGAAGACUUUAUGACAUAGCAAACGUCCUUUCUUCACUCAAUCUCAUUGAGAAGACACACCAUAGUGAGACAAGGAAGCCAGCAUUUAGGUGGCUCGGAUUAAAUGGGAAGCGAAGUGCUGCAAUUGCUGUACCAUCCAGUCCAAAGCAAGGUCAUAAGAGAGCUUUUGGAAUGGAUAUAACAAAUGCAGACUUAGCAAAAAGGAGCAAAUCAAUCUCUUAUGCUGACAAAAAGCCUUGCAAAGUGUACAAAAAACAUGAUGAUCUGAAGGAAUGCAAUCUUGCAGUUCAGAGACAAUUGCAGACCUCUAAAGGAUAUGUUUUUGGGCCUUUCUCUCCCGCUGUUCUGCCUAAAAGAGAAGAAAGCAUCGAGGAAAGAGGGAAGGAAGCUUAUAAUUGGGAGACCAUGGCAUCUUCCUUCCGCCCUGAUUAUCACAACCAAGCUUUGAGUGACCUAUUUUCUCACUACUUGGAGGCAUGGAAGAGUUGGUAUGCUGAAAUUACUCAAGCAACUGACAACAGAUAAUAGCUGAGGCAAGUUAUUCAUCCUUGUACUAGAGAGUUUCUCGUUCAUUCUCAAUAACCAUGACAUUUUUUAACUGCAAACGAGCAUCAUCGAUAGAUAUUCCGUUGAUAACAUUCUGGUCACCCAGAAUACAUAAUUGGAGAAAUGUCAUAAAGAUUGGAUCAACCGAUGCUAAAUGUCAGUGCCUUGUGUUAACGAAGUUAGUUUCAACGACCAGAACCUGAUGUAUAAAAAGGCGGGAAUUUUGCACUUGCCCAUUUAAACAGAGUUUCCGGUCCUGUUCAGGUGGUGGCAGAAGGCUUAAGGAGUUGUGGGUCAUUUCACUGUUAUCGAGACGAGGUUAGGGUUUUGUUUGAAAAACUUCAAAGUUCAAAGGGGUUAAGUUAGACUGCCCAAAGUUUGGCGGGUUAAAUUGUAUAAACAAAGUUGAGGGAGAUUUAUGUGCAGUAGCCUCAAAGUUCUGGGCGAUUAGUGAAAUUUUCCCAAACUAUUUUUGAGGUAGCGGAAGAAUAUCUGACCCGUUUAUUAUCAUCAAAACAGAUUUUGCUACUAACGAAAUGGUACUAGUGGGUGUUUAUUUCAAA